AGAAGAACCUCAGGAUGAAAUAUUCAGAAGCUGACGAUACCAAAGAAUCCAUUCCAUCAGCAGACUCCGAUCCUAGCAUAAAUUAUUCUCUUCACGGUGAUCACUUGGGCAGCUUAGCAGGGGAGACUGCAAGUACGGGGUUUAAUCCUGCAGGCAUGAGGCCCACCAAUCAGCCACAAACUAUGGAAGAUCUUGUCGCACAGGCUCUCCCUGGAGCCUCAGGACUGCAAGGAAAAUCCUUGUGGGAAAGUGAUCGAGGUCUUCUUGGAAUGCCUUUGAAGGCUUCUCAGGAAAUCAGAGCAGAGCUUCACAAAUGGUGAGUGUACAUUAAUGGU